GUUGAAGCCCUAGAUGGAAAAACUUAAUAAGCAAAGUAUAGUUAAUAUGAAAGAAAAAAAAGACCCUAAUGGCUAACCAGGAGAAGCUUCCAUGGGAUUUGAUCGAAGAGAUCCUCUCUUGUGUCCCUCCUGAAUCUCUUGUCCGAUUCAAAACCGUCUGCAAACAAUGGAACGCUCUUUUAAACGACAAGAGGUUCAUCAAAAAACACCAGACCAAGAUGACUUAUCUAUUCAUCUUAGCAACCAAAUCCAAGAUUUAUUCGGUAAGCAUAAAUCCAAAGAUCGAGGUGCGUGACUUGACGUUAGAUAUUCCUGCUUUAGAGUCUCAGUUACCUAUACUCUUGAUCGAUUGCAAUGGGCUUUUGCUAUGUGACAUGGGUAAAAAAGGCAUGGUUUGGAACCCAUGGUUAAGACAGACUAUAUGGGUCGAGCACGAGGGUAACCACCGUAAUUUUCAGUUCAAGGGCAUAGGUUAUGAUGAUGAUAAUGGUUACAAGACCCUUGCCUCUCAUCGGACAGAAACAGAUCCUACAAAGACAUUUUGGAAAACCCUUGAUUUUUCCUCCAAUACAUGGAAGGACCAAAGUAAUUUGAUGAAGUCUAGUGGUAUUACUAGUAGUACUACCGAGGAAAGUAAACAUGUUAUUAUUCACCGUACCAGUGGUGUGUCUUUGAAUGGAACUUGGUAUCGUGUUGCUUCUAAUGACAACACCAAGUACUUAUUCUUCAUAGUUAACUUCGAUUUUACCAAGGAAACAUUCAACCAGUUUUGUGAUCUACCAUGUGAGGAUAACAAGGAUAAUGAUGCUAUUGUUCUUAGGGUAUUUACGGGAGAUCGGUUUUCGUUGUUAAAGCAAGCCCAUCUAACAAAGAAGAUUCAGAUUUGGGUGACCAAGAACAAGAUUCAUAAACUGGGUGGUAGAGAUGUAAAAUGGAUGAAUUUCAUGGAAGUGUCAGUUCCUAACUUUCCGGAUUUGACAGCGCCAAGUUACUUCAUCAAUGACAAAAAGCUUGUAGUGUGUUCUUGCGACAAAGAUGGUCGAGCUUGGAUCUAUGUUGUGGAGAACAAUAAGUUGAUCAGUAAAACCAAAAUAGAUCUUGUUGUUGAUUUGUGGCCUUCGCAUUGUUCCUUUAUUCCCAGCUUGGUAUCGGUUCCUGAGAAGAAGCAGAGCGACUAGUUUAAUCUCAUUACAUUCAGCUUCUUGCUUGGUUCUUUAUGAAGCUUCGGUUGAUUUGGGUUUUGUUGUUUUCAUUAACAAACUUCUUUGUUGGAAGUAGAGAUUUUGCUAAAAGUUUCUUUUUGUUUUGCUUUUAUUUUGUUAGAGUGAUUUCUUUUAUAAUGUUUU